AUGCUGACAACGGCAUUUAUAUCGUCUACUCUUCCGGAAAUGGUCUCGCCGACUCAGCUUCUUCUGCAUCUCGUGGCAUGGGAGCAGAGUGCAGAGUGCAGAGUGCCAGGCCCGCUGGAGCAUGUCUACUUCUACACCCAAGAGGCGAACACCUGGCAAUAUCUUGAAACCGGCGGCGAAGCACCAGAAUGCUGCGGUUUCAGGGGUGGUUGGAGUGAAGAUGCCUACGGGAUCUACGGCCUUGGUGGCUGGAAUCCGGUCCGCGGCUUUAUGAGCGACCUCUACUUCUACAGCCGGCAGGCAAAUGCAUGGCAGCUGGUGACCCCGGAUGGUGAUUCUGUCGGCGGCCGUACCGAUCAUGCAGCCGUCUGGGCCGAGACGCCUGACGGGCUGUAUGUCUUUGGCGGGCGAAUUUCUAGACCGUAUUAUUUGAACGACCUGUACUUCUACAGCCGCCAGGCAUGGAGGGAGGACUUCGAUUGGACUUGUGCAGUCAUGCUGCGUUUCUUACCGAGUCUGACGCAUGAAGCCAUGCAUCAGCAUGGCCUUGAAUGUACAAGGCUACUACUUGUAGGCUGGUAG